GCGACUGUUCACUAACUGAUAACGUCUGUUGAUAGAGGCUGCUGGACAGUCUUCACCUGCAGUCCGAGGAAGUCAGUCGUCUGUGCUCUACCAUGGAUCGGGAACGCCUUGGGUUUCUUACUAUAGUCGAGCAUUGCCUGGUCUGGACAACCUUUACCGUGAUGAACGCUGCCCUCGCCGCCUCGACGGAUACCGUAAAGUACUACUACACGAUGAUGGACGAAGCAAUGAAAAAGUUCAAACCUGACUUAGAGACUUGCUUGGUACUGGGAUUCCUCGCACUGUUUAUCGUCGCCUCUUUCUUCGCCUUCUACUUAAUCUUCAAGGCCAGAAACUUGUCUUUGAAGGAACGACCCCAGCGGCGUCGUCGUGGCAGAAGGAACAACCGCGACCGCCAACGACAACAACGACAACGACAACACAACCCGCGCUAUGUAAACCACGGUUAGGAUGUUACUACAUAUCAGGAGGACUAUUGAGUUAUUUAUUAUAAAACGUUAUAACUUCCUAAAUGAUUUAUACUGAGGUUAUUCUAUAAAACAUUUUAUAUAUGACGUUUUGAUGUUAUAGUCAUUAGUUUUUGUAUAAUAAAUACAUUUGCCUAUA